CUUAGGCUCAUGCUGGGGCCUCCUGCUGAGCUACUGCUCGGGCAGACAUUGGUGAGAGAUGGGGGGGAGGGGGCUGGCGGCUUCUCACUCGGCUCUCGCCGCGCCCCCCCCAGGCUGAAGGUGUCCAAGGUUGUGCUCCUGGGAGACGUCUACGUCGGGAAGACCAGCCUCAUCAACAGGUUCUGCAAGGACGUGUUUGACCGUGACUACAAGGCCACCAUCGGCGUCGACUUCGAGAUGGAGAGGUUCGAGAUCGCGGGGACCCCCUUCAGCCUCCAGAUCUGGGACACGGCCGGCCAGGAGAAAUUCAAGUGCAUCGCCUCGGCCUACUACCGGGGAGCCCAGGUCAUCAUCACUGCGUUUGACCUGGCGGAUAUCGAGACUCUGGGCCACACCAGGCAGUGGCUGGCGGACGCCCAGAGGGAGAACGAGCCGGGAUCCAGCUUCGUCUUCCUGGUGGGGACCAAGAAGGACCUGCUGUCGGGUGCCGCCUGCGAGCAGACCGAGAUGGACGCCGUCCGCCUGGCCCAGGAGAUGCGGGCCGAGUACUGGUCGGUGUCGGCCAAGACGGGGGAGAACGUCGAGGCCUUUUUCAGCCGCGUGGCCGCCCUGGCCUUCGAGCAGGCCGUGCUGCGGGAGCUGGACAAGCAAGAUGGCCGCCGCGGCCAGAUCGGGGGCGCCGCCGCCAUCCGCAUGCGAGCGGAGGAGGGCGGGGCGGAGGGAGGAGGCGGCCCCCGCCGCCUCCAGUGCUGCUAGGAAGGGCC